AGAAGAAGAAGAAGGUCUGAAUGGGACUUUUAUUUUGGUGUGUGGCGACGUGACGUCAUAAGGCUGCGCCGCGCUCCUGUAGCUGAGAUUCUGCUGAAGAAAGGUUUGUUUUACAACAAACAGAACAACAGAAAAGAGAAACUCCUGCUGAAGCACACUGUUAUAAAGAUGGAGUUUAUUAAAGAGGAGAGUGAAGACCUGAAGAUUGAAGAAACACUCAAACAUGAAGAUCUGGAGGAUAACCAAACAAAAAUGGUGUUUAUUAAAGAGGAGACUGAAGACCUGAAGAUUGAAGAAGAUUUCAGAGUUGAACAUGAAGAUACACAAACAGACCUGAUGACACUGAAAGAGAAGAGUCGAGAACUGAAUGAAACCGAAGAAAAAAGUCAGACUGAGAAAUGUCAUGAUGUCACGGCUGAGGAAAAAUCUUUUAGUUACUCUCAGACUCGUAAAAGAGAAACUAGAAAGCGUAAAGUCCAGACGAGAGUUCACACUAAAGAGAGACCGUUCACCUGUCAACGCUGUGGAAAGAGUUUUAGUGGAACACAAGGCCUUACAAGCCACUUACAAAUCCACAAACACAAACCUUAUACCUGCAAACAGUGUGGGAAGUGUUUCAAACUAAAAGGAUGUCUUAAGACUCACAUGAGAGUUCACACCAGAGGCAAUCCUCACACCUGCAAACUGUGUGGGAAGAGUUGCACAUCAAAUGCUAAUCUGAUGAUUCACAUGAUCGUUCACACAGAAGAGCCUCACACCUGCAGAAUGUGUGGGAAGGGAUUCACAGAAAAUGGCCAUCUGAUGAAUCACAUGAGAGUUCACACUGGAGAGAAGUGUUUUAGAUGUCAUGCAUGUGAAAUAAUUUUCGCUGACAAGAUUCACCUUAAGAAUCAUGUACAAAAUCACAUUGGGGAGAGGCCUUGCAUGUGCCAUCACUGUGGAAAAAGUUUCACAAACAAAAAAUAUCUUCAGUCUCACAUAAAAAUUCACACUGGAGAGAAGCCUUUCACCUGCCCUCAGUGUGGAAAGAGCUUCAUGUUUAAAGGAAAACUUCAGCUGCACAUGAGAGUUCACACUGGAGAGAGGCCUUUCACCUGCCCUCAGUGUGAAAAGAGCUUCACAGCUAAAGGAAGCCUUAAAGAUCACAUUAGACUUCACACUGGAGAGAAGCCUUACAAGUGUGCUCAGUGUGACAUCAGUUUCACAUAUAACAAAAGCCUGAAACAGCACUUGCAAACGCAUUCUGGAAAUAAUUCCUCGUUUCCAAUGUGACAAAAGGUUUAGAAAUAAUACAUUCACUUACUGGUGUAAUAAAAACAGCAGACUUACAAAUAUAUGAAAAGUAAUUCAGUU